AUGUCUGGGAGCCACGUCGCCGGAAAUCGCAACAGCACCCCUGAAGUCAAUGCCACUCCUUCUCUAAGACCGCCGUCCUCUCGGGCAGUUGGCUCUGGCAGCUCGCUGCGCGCGUCUGCCGACAUGGCGGCCAUCUCAGGGACCUCGUCGUCCAGCCGCAUCAGGCCGUCGUCCGACUUCUACGGCCAGCCUCAGCAAGGCGGCCUUGGCCCUGCUGGCUUGGAUAUCGAUUCUCAGGACAAGAUCGCCCAGCAGUGGAUUGCGGACAUUGACCAGUAUGAGACGACGCUGGAGGAGAUGGCUGCCGCCACGCUCGACCAAGACUUCAAGGACGAGCUCAGCGCCAUUGAGCAGUGGUUUCGAGUGUUGAGCGAGGCUGAGCGCACGGCCGCUCUGUAUGCGUUGCUGCAACAGACCACUCAGGUCCAGAUUCGCUUCUUCAUCCAAGUCCUCCAGCAGAUGGGCAAGAACCAUCCCAUGUCUGGCGUUUUGUCACCCGCGACUUUUGAUAAAGAUCCGAUGUCUAGUCGACUCAGCGAUGCUAUGAACAAGCUCAAUGUCGACUCUGCUCGAAACUCGUUCGCUCGCAACUCAGCUGUCUCAUCGACUAAGCGACACUCUGGCCUUGACGCUUCUACGAUCAACGCCAUGUUCCCGGAUGCCGCCGCCGCUAUUGCAACCGAAAAGGCGAAAUUCACCCAGCAAACAGGGAACCCACCUUCGUCAAACCGCAACAGCCUAGCCAUCGACCCACGAGCCGCGAUGACAGGACCUAAUAUUGCAGCCGCCCCUCAGGAAUCUAGGGACGCCAAUGCUGCCCCGGCGGCAUCACCGUGGGCUAGCGGCGGAGAUGCAGCGUCAGCUUCUAAAGCAGGCUCGUCCCAAACUCCCAUGGGCCAAUUUGUACAGCCUCCAGCAUCGGCGGGACUACGAUCGCCAAGGCCGCAGCUGACUAGCAAUUCCACUCUUCAAACGACCACCUUGACGGCCCGGGAUAAGACUCCAGCUGAUUUGCCUCUCCUAUCCCCAUAUGCGAAUGGAGGUGGCAGCUGGGCUUCUAUGGUCAACACUCCCAUGGCGCCGACAUUCAACACCGGAAAUUCUGCUGGUCAGGCUGAUAUGAUUGCCAACGCGACUGCAAUGAAGCUGGCCGCUCUUUCUACCGUUAACAAUCGCUUCGCUCUCGAUGACGUUCGCAAAUAUAGAAGGGCUAGAUCUAACGAUGCCCCCGGAAAUGCACACAGCCAAAUGCCGCCAACUCCCUCGCAAAUCAAUAUCCCCAGUGCUAACGUGGUGAUGAUCAACGAACAUGGGCAAGUCAUGACUCGUGACCAACUAAUGGCUCUCCAAGCUCAGCAGGGCCUCAGCUUUGGAGGACAGCGAUCUCGUCCCAGCUCUCCUGGUCUACCUUUGCAGUCUGGGAUGGGACCCAUGUCUCAUUUCACUUCGCCUCAACACAACGGCUUUCUUAGCGCAUACGACGGCUCUGGAUUGAUGUCUGGCGGCAUCCCACCUGUCGGCUUGGGACAGCUAGGAAUCAAUACUCAUGAAGGCUACCUCUCAGACCACUCUGACAUGGUCCGGGGCCGUUCACCGAGAGGAAGACGGGGAAGCUCCAAGCCGCCUGAAGAUCCCACCGACCCUACUCUUCUUCAAGAUAUCCCCAGCUGGCUUCGUAGUCUGCGACUACACAAGUACACGGAUAAUCUGAAGGAUAUGAAGUGGACGGAUCUGGUCGAAUUAGACGACAAGGCCUUGGAAGACCGAGGCGUCAAUGCUCUCGGAGCGCGACGCAAGAUGCUCAAGGUCUUUGAACAAGUCAAAGAAGCCAAAGCAGAAGGCAGACUAGGAUAA